GUGAGCAAAGGUGUUUAACGCGGCAUUGCAACGCAACCGCGAGAUCAACCUCAACGGUAAUGUUCAAGAAACUCACUACCAAUUUUGCUCCUCAACGGGGAGCGCCGCUAAGUCCGGAUCGAGCAGCAGAGAUACUGCACAAAGCAGCCUCACUAGUAGACCAAACGUCUUUCGAAUGGAUUAUUGUAGACAAGCCCGUUGACGGUUCCAUCUUUGUGUUUCAACUUCAUCCUUCAGAACCCCUCCCUGAGGAUGGAUAUGGGUGGAUGGACGAUGAAGCCGCGUUUCGCACUAUUGUCGUCGACAAGGAAAUGGAAAUUAUAUCCCGAAGCCAAGGCUUCGGCUACGGGGAUAAAGUCGCCCACAUGACACGAAGACGCUACCGCUUGGUCCACUCUGACCUUCAGCUAAUGCAUUAUCUCCAAAUGCCUGAUCCCGCCCGACAUGUGCCAGUCCAUCCGCAGCUCAUCAAGGCCCCUCCCCGCGAUCCCGCGACUUUACCUAAUCUCACUGCUCGUGGCCCACCGCCUCCACAAAUGGUACCACCGUAUGGAAUGGCACAGAGAGGGAUGGCUGGUGCGGAUCCCGCACAUUAUAAACAUCUUGGUCAUCGCAAACGUGGUCGGAUAAAGACGUCAAUGCAACCUCGCGCUUUUCUAGAAGACGAUCACGAUCCGUCUGGGGACGAGUUAGAUGGAUCAGUAAGCCGUGCGGUGGCAUUGGAAAGAUACAAGCGGAACCACGAGUUCAUUGACAUGAUAUUUUCACCGUACCCCAUUGCAUCCAUAAUCCCUCCCCAAAUAAUAUCGGACACGAGUGCCGACCGUCUAGAAGGUCUAAAGCGCCAGCAGGUUGAAGUCGGUGAGGAGAUGGGUAAACUUGCUCGGUCGAAUGCAGACGAGAUCAAAGAGUUUCAAGAGAAGUCUAAGAAGCUAAGUAAAGCUAUUGAUGUGAUAAAGCAUGCCAAGUCACUGCAGGAGUUGGAUGCUUUGGAAGCUGGGACAACAGCGGAGCUUUGAGCUCUGGUGAAACUCUCGACUACCUUUAUAUUUCGAAACUGUAGGAGCUCGCUUUAAUCGGCCAGAUACCCCAAUCUGGUGGCUUAAUUGUACAUACUAGCCUGAACAACGAACACAAACUGUCUGAUAUUUUACACCGCCGUUCUCUUCAU